UACACUACCCACACCAUCACCAGCUCUAUGGGACCAGGAGGAAUGGAGACAACCCUGCUACUUCUCCUAUGCAGCAUACUGUUGGCGGGUGCAGAGGACUGCCCGAUAGGACAAUACACCACAGGUGGAGAGUGCUGCAGAACCUGCGGAGCUGGAGAGGGUGUCGUACAGGAAUGUGGGGUGAAUCAGACUGUCUGUGAACCCUGUCUGGACAGUGUAACUUAUUCUGACACCACCAGUCACACUGAAGCUUGCAAGCCAUGUACUGAGUGCCACGGCAACAGACGCAUGAUAGCUCCUUGCGUGGAAACAGACGAUGCCCUGUGCGCUUGUGCCUAUGGGUUCUUCAGAGAAGAAAUAACUGGAGAAUGCCAUCCAUGCAGGACGUGCCCUGCUGGGUAUGGCAUGAUCCUGUCCUGCUCCAAUAACCAGGAUACCGUGUGUGAAAAAUGCCCAGACUGGACAUUCUCAAAUGUGGAUAACAACAUGGACCCCUGCCUGCCAUGCACUAUCUGCGAGGAUGAUGAGAUAACAUUAAAUGAAUGCACAUUGACAGUGGACACAGAAUGUUUCAAUCCAAACCCACGUGUGGCAUCAGUGACUCCAUUCAUGGACACCACCAUUCAGGACACCACCGUGACUGAUCCGGAGUUAAUGGGCACCACGCCAGGGAGCUCGCAGCCUAUUCCUCCAAGUGGGGCUGCCGAGAACCUCAUUCCCGUCUAUUGUUCCAUUUUGGCUGCUGUUAUUGCUGGGCUGGUGGCAUUCAUUGUUUUUAAACGGUGGAACAGCUGUAAGAAGAACAAGCAAGGAGGGAAUAGCCACACAGUGAAUCAAACUCCUUCCCCCGAGGGGGAAAAACUGCACAGUGACAGUGGGAUCUCUGUCAAUAGUGACAGUACUGCUGAGCAACCCGCGGGACAUAUGCAAGGCAAAAAUGACCUUCAUCUCUACAACAGCCUCCCGCCACACAAACAAGACGAGGUGGAAAAGCUCCUGACCAGCUCCUUGGAGCAGACAUGGAAAAACUUAGCUGGAGAACUUGGCUACCAGGAUGAACUCAUAGACACUUUCACACAGGAUGAAUUCCCAGUACGAGCGCUACUUACUGACUGGUCCGGCAAGGACAGCGCCACCACUGAUGCCCUGUACACAGCUCUCCGUAAAAUCCAGAGGGAGGACAUCGCCCAGAGCUUGUACAGUGACUCCACUGCUACCUCACCAGUUUAACUGAGACAUAGUGGGACAGAAGGAAGAUGUUUCAUGUUGAUAUCACUCAAUGGAGCAUCCUGCACGAGACGUGAAGGAAAAGUUUGCCCCUUGCCCCCCAAAAUCCCCCAACCUCCCUUUAUACCCAGUAUUAACGGACAAUCCGUCUGCACUGAAGCAUUAUUUUCAGUAUUGUGGUGUGUAAUCUUCUCUAUGGACCUCUCAUGUCCUGCAUCUCCAGAUUUCUCACUGUGAUGGACCUAAGACUUUAAGAUAAGGAGUUGCAAGCUGCGGAUGUUCAGACAAUGUUUUGAGAAUUCUAAGGUGCACCCACCUUCUCUUUCUUCGGUCUUUUUUAAUCUUCUAGGUUUCUUGUUUUUUAAUAGGCCUUGACUGGUGACCCCCACCCCCAAACCCUAGUGGCUGCAAACCUCUAGGAUCUUUUAAGGGAAUGUGUGAGCUUUGUGCAGUAGAGGGUUAUUGUGGCUCUAGAUUCUGAAGGUUAUUUGACAGUCGCACUUAGAAAUACAGCACCUUAUGCUGCACAAAGAUUGUGCCCUAAUUCCAGAGUGUUAAUGAUUUGUUCAGGUAAUGCUGCUUAAUGACCCAGAGACAUUCUUACAUUUACCCAUUGUCUACAUA